CAGGCACUUCUUCAUUUUGUCUUCCCUUUCUUUUCUUUUCUUUUCUUUUCUUUUUUGUUCCAAUUUUACUUGGCUACUUCUUCUAUACUUAACCACCUUUCUCUUCCUUUCCUUAUCAGAUCCAAAAGUGAGUAAAUAUAACAUCUUUUCAUUUUGUCCUUUCUCUUUUCCCAUUAUUGUUUUUAGUUUUCAUAUUCCGUUCUUGUGUUGGACGUUUAACAUUGACUCUUUUUUCUUUUUAAAUUAAAUUAUAAAUAUAUGUGUAGAGAAAACAAAAAUGAGAGAGUUAGUCUGAUGGUGGUGUAAGGUGCUCACUGGGCAUAAUUUAAUAAUUUAAUAAUUUAAUAUUAAUAUUACGUCUUCUUCUUCUUUCAUUCACUUCACUUCCCUUCCCUUCCCUUCUCAUGUCACUGUUGCUGUUUCUCUUCACCCAUUUGUCUUCGCUGCCACCUCUCUUUUCAUUCCUCCUCUCCUCAUCCUUUCUUGCUUUUUUAUGUGUUCUCAUUUCUGUGACUGAAGUUUCAUAAAAUUUAUUUUGAUUUGGUUAGAUGAAUGGUAUGGAUCUUGCAUAGUUGAUAAAUUGAAUUGGACCCAGCCACAGCCUCCCUAUCUACCUCCAGUUCUACUGUUAGAAAAUAGAGGUAUGCUUCUUCUAGUGUCACAAAAAUCUCUCUCUAUGCCUUGUACUUUCCCUCAAGGUUGAUAUUUUAUGAAGUGGAAACGGACUGCUGGAGUGAUUCAAGGGGAAAUAACUUGAUCACAACCUCUCGAUACUAAAUAGAUUUUACCAAGUAAGCACCUUGCACUCAACAAUCAGUUAGUCCAUUAAUGGUCUAACUCGGUCCUUUUGAUUCAAAUAUUGUUUUUGAAGGAUUAAAUAGACGGGGACUUUAACACGUAUUUUGCCUAAAAUACAUAUAUAUGAACCAAAGGUGAAGCUUGUACAAAUAUGACGCUGCCUAUUUUUGGCUGUGGUGGUGGUGGUUUUGUGCAUCAGCAAAGCAGACACCAUUUAUAUAAUAAUAAUGUCUGCGUUGUUAUCGUUAUGUGCAUUUUUUCGUAUUCUUUUACAUUAUUAUUAUCCUCCCAAUAAAUAACCAUUAGUUUGAUUCAACAUUAUAUAACAUUUAACAAUUAAAAAUAAAACGAAAGAAAAGACAAUGGAUGAUAUCCGAUAGCACAGAAGUAUUCACUAGAAAACGGCAGUCUCAGGCGGCUGCCGGCCACCCGCCAUUUUCUCUCCUUUAAUUCUUCCCUUCUUCCACCUUCUUUUCUCAUCUCUUAUCUUCUUUGUUGAGCUGAAUCUAUGGCUGCUCCCGUUGAAGUCGAUGAAUGCCGCGGUGUCCUCCGCGUUUACAGCGACGGCUCCAUAGUCCGUUCUUCCAAUCCAAGCUUUAAUGUCCCUGUCAACGACGACGGUUCUGUUCUAUGGAAAGACCUUCUCUUUGACCCUAUCAACGACCUGCACCUCCGUCUCUACAAACCUGCCGACAUUUCUUCUCCCAAGCUUUCCGUCUUUUUCUACAUCCACGGUGGCGGCUUCUGCAUCGGCUCCCGCACCUGGCCCAAUUGCCAAAAUUACUGCUUCCGCCUUGCCUCCCAGCUUCCUGCUCUCGUCAUCUCCCCUGACUACCGUCUCGCUCCCGAAAAUCGCCUUCCGGCUGCCAUUGAUGACGGUUUCGCAGCUCUUCGGUGGCUUCAAGCCCAAGCUGAAUCAGACCACCCUGAUCCCUGGCUGGCCGAUGUGGCCGAUUUCAGCAGAGUUUUCAUCAGCGGUGACUCCGCCGGUGGGAACAUCGCUCAUCAUCUUGCGGUGGGACUUGGCCUAGGUUCGCCUGAGUUGGCGCCAGUUCGAGUGAGAGGCUACGUUCUCCUGGGGCCAUUCUUCGGCGGAACGGUGAGGACUCGGUCCGAGGCAGAAGGCUCUAAAGAAGCAUUUCUGAAUCUUGAGCUCAUCGACAGGUUUUGGAGAUUGUCGAUCCCGAUCGGAAGCGACACCGAUCAUCCUCUUGUGAAUGUGUUCGGACCUACAAGCCGGAACUUGGAGGCGGUGGAGAUGGAUCCGAUAAUGGUGGUGGUGGCCGGGGCCGACUUGCUGAAAGAUCGAGCGGUGGAGUACGCAGAGGAGCUGAAAAAACAAGGGAAGAAGAUAGACUUAGUGGAGUUUGAAGGGAAACAACAUGGAUUCUUUACCAUUGAUCCAAAUUCUGAAGCUUCAAACCAAUUAAUGCUUCUCAUAAACCAUUUUGUUGCUCAACAUUCACUCUGAUUCCUCCUUCAUCCCUUUUCCAUUCCCCAAUCAAUCUGCUUAAUAAAAAUGUUUCAUUUGUAGUUCA